AUGUCUCGCUUUCCUCACAUUGAGGAAUUACUCUUCAAGCGAGAGACCGCGGCCAAUUAUUCAGACAAUCAACGUGGAGCUGCACUUCCAACCUUUGGAUUGGCUUCUGAGGGUCUUAAGCAAACAAAGAUUGGCUACAUUGCCCUGAAAACCUUGCGCUCUGCUGCUCUCGCUUCGGAUAAUGUCAUAUGGAAGACGUUCGGAGAUAUAAUUUCCAACUGGAAGGGACCACAGGCCGGCAGUAGGGCUUCUGCAGUCGAGCAGGAAUUGGACUUCGUGUCUAGACAUCGCCAAGGUUUGUCGGCGGACAACGAGGAGAAGCUUUUGGGAAGGAUUCGCUGUGAACUGGCAUCUUGCAAGCUGCAGAUCGUUUCUCCAGGGAGCCGGAAGGAGUUCACCAAUUUUGCGUCCGAUGAAGACGAGGAGUGGCUCAUGUCUGCGGCACUGCACAUCCGUCGAGACGACACCGCUUCGACCAUAUACAUCCUCCCUGCACUGCUUUCUAUGGAGUACUGGCUGAACUAUCACAACAAUGCCCCAGAGGACGUCAAGAAUGCAGAAAGUAAUUGUCUGGCCAUCAUGGUAGCAAAAAGUAUCGUCCAUGAGAGUCGGCACAUGGUGGCAACCCUUCUAUUCGGUACACAAUAUCAAACCCCACCCCUCAUCCAGGGCAACUUUCCCCCGCCUGUAGUGGACACAAAUGAUGCAGAUGUGCAAGGCGAAGCAGGCGAUUACUUCGAAGUUUCUCGUUAUGGCACAACCUUGAGUGCAUCCUUGGUAGCUCUCAACUCGAAAGAGUUGUCUCAAGCUGAGAUGUACCUGAUUGGUGUAGCCCCACACACCUAUACAUGGCGACGACUCCAUCGGGAGUCUGCUGUCGCACCAGUGGCUGAUGCAGUAGAAAAGGGCAAAUUUCUGGAGAUGGGUCUAUUCUUCGACGUCAUGUCCUCGGACCGUAUCAGAGGGGGGGAUACCACAUUCAAUCAUGAGGACAUCAUCCAGGUCACAUGCUCCGACGACGAAUAUCGCACAUACACCCAAAACCGUACCCUCAGACGAAGUGUUAGCCAGGUUCCUCAUGCAUCUGAAGAACGCCCAGAGUGGGUUGGCAAGUCCGUAUCAGAGAUCCCACCUGCCGAAAUGAGACGAUAUAUCAUUGGCAACCACCGUGGCGUGGUAAUGGGUCGCCGAGGUCACAGAGAAAUGUAG